AUGGCAGACCGGUCUCCCAGCGUGCGCGCAGCCUUACCCCGUCCCCCGCUGUCGCAGCAUGGCCAUGCUCUGAUGGACCUCCCGCUACGUCAGCGCGUUCCGCAUUAGCACGUUUAUUACGACUCCGCCAGCCUCAUCGGCUUCUUGGCCCUAGCCGUCACCCUCGUUGCGCUCCUUGCCCUUGCGGGUGUCACGCUCACUGUCGCCUUUGUCGCGCUCGCCAUUCAGCUCGCUCUCCUAACUGGCCUUCUCUGCGUGCCGAUGGUAAUCGUGGUCUUCGUCUCCGGGACAUCCUCGAUCUUCGGCUUGUGCCUUACCGUGGUGGCGCUAGGAGCCGGCACGUAGGCGUACCGGUACUUCACGGGGCGGCACCUGGUCGGGGCAUAUCGGGUAGACUACGACACGGGCUUAGGGAGCGGUGCGGUGUGGUGGGAUGCGCGGGAGCACGGCGCACAACCCUGCGUCCGCGUGAAGGACGCCGCUCCUGGGGCGUAG